AUGUAGGGUGUUGUCGUCGUCCGAUCGAGGUUUCCGAUGACCCUGUUAAUAAUAGCAUCAUACCAAACAACAACAUUAGUGGUGAUAUUUCAUAUUUAUCUUCGAUAUCAUUAUCUUAUGAGCAAAACCAGUCUCAGGACUGCGAUCGCAGAGAAGAUAUUAAUUAUAAUAAGCAGAGUACAGUUGCGGCAUUGUUGAAUCCGUGUCAAAGUGUAUUAGGAAUGGAAUGUAUUUGCCGUCGUCCGACUGAGAUUCAUGAAACUAGUAAUCAUUCUAUGGAUAAUUACAACACACUCAAUGAUAACAUUAGUGACAAUUUUUCAUCAUAUUUACCUCCAAUGCCACCAUUUUAUGAACAAAAUCGGUCCCUGAACCAUGAUCAGGAAGGAGACAUUAAUGGUAGUAAACAUAGUACUGUUCUGCCCUCGUGGAAAGGACUCCUUGGUAAUGAGGCUUCGUUAAUGGCAUCAAUCAACUCAAAUUCAGAAGGUUUUACUUCUCUUGUGCAUAAUGAGAAUGUAAUAUUGAAUAAUAGUUCCAAUGGUCUAGAAGAUAUAUCAAGAGAUCAAUCUAAAGUUUUAGGAGAACAAUUAUGUAAUGCAUCGUCUGAUGAUUUGGCGAAGAUCAUAUAUCAUCCUUUUCAAAGUUGUUCAUCUGCCGCGAAAAAUGGUAGUUGUUGUGGUGCAUCGGCGUCAUUAUGCAGUUGUAGCACUGAAUGUAGCUGUGAUGGAUGUAACUCGCAAAAACGCGUUACUACCCAGGUAGCAAUUACCCCUUUGUCUGUAAAAAAUUGUUGUUCACUUCCCAGAAAUCCCGAGGUUACUCUGCCUGAACGUACUACUAUUUUUGACGAAGAUGGCGUGGUAUUAUGCGGUUGUGGUUGCAAAAAAACUGACACCGAAUGUAUAGAUUGCUUAGGAAGUCUUUGCGAAG